UUUAUAAUCACAGUUACAUGAUGUACAAAAGAAGUAUUGUGCUAUUUUUCUCAAGUGUUUGUUUGAUUUUUUCAAUUGCAGCUAAGAACCAAUGCAAAAUGCACGAAACACCAUGUUCUGCAAAUUAUUCAAAUGGAAAUCUGACACAAGUACCAAAGAAUCUAUCUGACAAACUCAACGUUCUAAUUCUUGACCAUAACGAAAUACAGAAGAUUGAAAACAAUACCUUCAGUAAUUUGAAAUUAUUAAUUGAGCUGACAAUUAACAACAAUAAAUUGGAAAUCUUGGAAUCUAAAGCUUUUAUUGGAUUGACAUCAUUAAAGACACUCAAGAUGUCUGGAAACAAUCUCGACUUUUCAGCAUACACACCGAUCUUAUUUAGCUUUAUAGCUAAUAUAUCAUUUCUUGAUAUCAGUAGGAACUUGAAUUUUUCAAAGUAUGCCAUUCAGUCGAAUAAUUAUCCCGAUAAAGCACUAGGAGUUCUUGUAAAUUUGAAAACUCUUGCUAUUGAUCUUGGACCAAUACCUAUAUUUGGAAAAGGGUUUAAGAAGAUGGAUAAACUUAAGGUAUUGGAAUUUAAUAAUUGUAAAGUAGAGGUAUUGAAAAAUUCAACAUUCAUAAAUUUCAACUGGAGUAUUGAAUAUUUGCAUAUGAAUAGAUGUCAACAGUUUGUUAAAGUAGAGGCGGACACCCUAAAACCUUUCCCAAAUCUCAAAGUGUUAGAUUUAUCGGAUACUUACAUGCAUCCAAUCCAAGCUUUCCAGCUUCUAAAACCUUUAGCAAAUAGUUCUAUGGAAAUGAUCAACUUUCAUCAUGUGAAUGAUGAAUCAAUUACAAACAACAGCACAUACAGCUUUGAAGUAAAUAUCACGAAAGAAAUGGUUAAGUAUAUACAAACAAUGUGUGUAGAAGUUCUUGAUAUCUCUAAAAACAACAUAGUAGAUUUUGAAGAUGGUUCACUGCUUACAUUCAGUAGGCCUGAAUGUCUUCUGAACAUUUCACUCUCUGAAAAUCGAUUUUCAUUAUUUCACGCACAUCGACUGAAAAAUAUCAAACAGUUUUUCAAUAAAGCUCAAAACCUUACGAAAUUCGAGUACUCAUAUAUACCUUUGAGUUUUGUCAAUUAUUCACAUAUUGCAGUAAAAAAUCUGACUAAUAUCACUGAAGAACGGAUAAUAACAUUACCUUCUUCAAUAAAAGACGUGCAUAUGAGCCAUGUUUAUCAUGGCGGGCAACCAGUCUUGUGGAAAAUACCACCAAAUGCAAGUAUAAGUCAGUUUGAUGUGUCUUUCUGUGUAACCGUUGAUCAAGCAACCGCAUCAAACGGUUCUGAAAUUGAGAAUCUUGAUGUAACGGGGGUCGAUUCCAGGGUAGUUUUCGACAAAAUACAACUGUAUCCGUUAUUUAAACUUAAAAUACUUGUAAUGAAAAACACAAAUUUGUAUAUUACAAACAAAAAUCAGAAAAACAUUUUUACGUUUAUAUCAGGAACUGAAAAGCUAGAUAUUUCAAAUAACUUUUUGUGGAAAUUGCCUUCUGAUAUAUUUGAAAAUAUGACUAGACUGACAAACCUGAAUUUGUCAAAUAACCUUUUCAGAGCAGUUCCGCUUGCUAUUACUAGGAUAGCAAAUCUCAAGGAACUUGAUUUGAGAAAAAACCUUCUGACCAAUAUCAAUAGUACAUUUCAAGAAUUUUUCGAUGGUUUGUAUGCAAAACAUGGAGUUUUUAAGCUGCAUUUGGACAACAACGCACUGGUAUGCGAUUGUACAAACUACGACUUCAUCCGUUGGCUUCAUAAAACCAAUAAAACCAAUUUCACAUUCGACGCCAAUGGUUACAAAUGCCUUUUACACAAUUCAACAGAAACAAAUACAAGUAUUGCUGCUGCGCAUUUUAAUGAACUUUUUGCUGGAUGUAACAUCAGUCUGUGGCUUAAAGCAGGGAUAUGUCUUAUUGCAACAUUUAUUGCUAUUUUCUUUCCCUUUACACUAAUUUACAGUUUUAGAUGGCGAAUUUCAUUUUAUUUAUACAAACGCUUUAGACACACUCUAGAAAAAGGUAUCGAUGUAAAAUUCAAGUAUGAUGUUUUCGUGUAUUAUCCUGAAAGUGAACUGUCAUGGAUAAAGUAUAUAGUAAUGCCUGAACUAGAGAGAAAAUGGGGGUUGAAAAUGUGCAUAGAACACAGAGAUUUUCCUGUAGGGAAGCCUAUAGCUGACACCUUUGCUGACUGCAUUGAACAAAGCAGACAUAUUAUAUUUAUUGUAACUUCUGCCUUUAAAAAUGAUAUAUGGGGACAAUAUGCAGUCGAGCGGGCAAAAUAUCACCACUUCUCACAGAAUUUACAAAAGAUUAUUGUUAUUACCAAAGGAAUAAAUAUGGAGGAAAUUCCACAUGAAUUAGCUGUUUUAUGGAAAGACCUUGCCCUUAUUGCAUGGCCGGAUGACAACGAUAAAGACCUUGAAAACGUUUGGAACAAACUUAGAUUGUGGUUGUUUCUUAAUCAUUAGAAUUAACCAUUUGGUAUAAAGCUUCAUUCCACUAUUAAAUAAGGAAACAUCACAGUGUUAUCUUAUAAAACCUCGCUCUUGACAUUCGUUCAGAAUUAUAAGUGUACUUCAAACACAUUUUUUGUAGUGAUUUUGAUACUUUUUUUUCGGAACAAUUUUAGUCAAAAACUAGCUAAACCAUAAUGUAAUAAAUUGUUUAGAUCAUAUCAAGCAUAUGAACAUUUUGCAUACAUCACAACCACUUUGAGAACACCUAACAUUUGUACAUAAAAUUAAAAAAGAGAUAUUCUAAAAAAAAAUGCAUUCAUGUAAUUUUGCAUAGUAAUGCCAACUGUAUUGAAAAAAUAACAAUUCUUGCACCUACCUUCGACUAAAAACGAUGACUGUGAUGAUUGCAUGUUUAUGAUGUUAACAUGAAGACAACACUACCUUCCAUCAUACACAGUGAAGAAAUGAUUGCAUUUUAACAUUUUGUACAUAAGGAAAUGUCUGUACCAAGUCAGGAAUAUGACAGUUGUUUUCCAUUCGUUUGAUGUGUUUGAGCUUUUGAUUUUGCCAUUUGAUAAGGAACUUUCCGUUUUGAAUUUUUCUUGUAGUUCGGAAUUUUUGUAAAUUUUCAUUAACAAUGCCCAAAUUGUACUUUAAAUUGUAUGUAUAGAGCGUUGUCUUAUAUGGACCUGUGUCAUUAGAAAUAAAAUUGCAAAAAAUUUUCAAAAUUUAGGCUUGUUUGAUUUUAUGAUCUGAGACGUUGUAUAAUUUUGGUUUUUGAAAGUUUUUGUCACGACCAGUUACUAGUGGAGGUUGUUCCACACACACGUAUUUUGUUAAGUGAAAUGAUAUAUUUUUUUCCUUUGUAAUAUCAGUCAAAUUAUUAACAUACCGUUGUAUAAGAUGAAUCAUGAUACUUGUCUGAUCCUGAACAACUUAAAAAAUGGAAGUGUAUAUUUACCGUUAUUGGGCCAAGAUGAUUCCGUGGAGUGUUGAUAAAAUAAGCGAAAAUGAUAAUUAAAAGUCUCUUAAGUAAUCUAUGAAAUCUAUCAUUUACGUGGUGUUAUUUUUUUUAAAACUAUUUAUUGUCAUGCUGCAUGCUUUGUUUUAUUUGUCAUUGUAUAUGUUUUUAUAUUCGGUGAAUGCUCACCACAGCUUAUUGUGUUGUUUUUUUAUAUACCGAAUCAAAAUAAAGUUUUACUUACUUUA